CAGUUCUUUAAUGGCGACCACCAAUGACGGGUCGUUUUAUAAAAACUGACAUUUAUUGUUAUUAUUUAGGAUAUUAUUAGAUACUGUGUUUACGUAAACAUGACGGGAAUUCUACCGAGCUACCAACGAUUUGUUAAUGGAGUUCCCGUGCCGUCCAUUUCUCGUCGUUCAUUUCGUCUUCGCGAAAAGUAUUUGAUUAUUUCUGUGCUUUUGACAUUUGCAAUCGUGUGGCUAGGCGCAUUAUUUUAUUUGCCUGAGUUUAAAAGUUCGACAAGUGUGAACGAUAGUGUAUAUAAUGUUUAUAAACGCAUUCAAAAGGCAGGACCAGAACUGCUCAUGCCACCACCACUUGCUCAGAACGAAGUUGGUGAUUUUCCCGUUGUUGGCAUCGUUCGUCAUGGUGAAGAAGGUGAUGAUCCCCACGUAGUUGAAGAUAGGAAUCGCUUACGUGCAAAGAUAGACGAGGAAAUGGGUAUGAAAGUGCUUGAAAGGCCACAAUUCGAUGUGGCACCUUCGAUUUCUUCCUCCAAGGGACCAAGCAAGCCCCCAGUUAAUGCCAUUGAAGAACCAGUAUUAGGAAACAAUGCUGCUAAUAAAGAUAUACCAGUGUCAGACUUAAAGGUGGAUGGGUCAUUGAAGCAAUAUGUUGUACCAGUUAUUAAUCCCAGUACUGAUCCCGAUAUCAUACAAAAAAGAGACACUGUGAAAGAGAUGAUGCGUCACGCCUGGAACAACUACAAACUGUACGCGUGGGGCAAAAACGAAUUGAAACCGAUGUCGAAGCGCGCUCACCUUACGAGCGUGUUCGGCGGAGGGGACCUCGGCGCUACCAUCGUCGACGGCAUGGACACGCUCUACAUCAUGGGCCUCAUCGACGAGUUCAGAGAGGGAAGGGACUGGAUCGCUGAACACUUUCACAUCAACGAAAUCGACUCCGACCUGUCAGUCUUCGAAACGACGAUCCGCUUCGUGGGUGGUCUGCUCUCCUGUUACGCGCUGACAGGAGACUCGUUGUUCCGCGAUAAGGCUGCAGAAGUAGCGGACGCUUUGCUGCCAGCCUUCGACACGCCUACCGGUCUCCCAUACGCACUCAUUAAUCCAUCUAAUAAGGCAAAUCGGCAAUACCACUGGGCGGGCGCGAAUAGUAUUCUAUCUGAAGUGGGUACUCUCCACAUGGAGUUCACUUAUUUAAGUGACGUCACUGGAAAGGAUGUUUACAGACAGAAGGUGGAUCGUAUCCGCGAAGUGCUCCACAACAUACAAAAGCCGGAUGGCCUCUAUCCUAACUACAUCAACCCACGAACAGGACAAUGGGGUCAAAGGCACACCUCCCUGGGCGCGCUGGGCGACUCGUUCUACGAGUACCUGCUGAAGGCGUGGAUGGUCUCCAACAACGAGGACGAGCAGGCGCGCGUGAUGUUCGACGAGGCGAUGCAGGCCGCGCUCGACAAGAUGCUUCGGAUAUCGCCCUCGGGGCUCGCUUAUCUCGCGGAGGUCAAAUACGGCAGGAUAUUCGAAGAGAAGAUGGACCAUCUGUCGUGCUUCGCCGGCGGCAUGUUCGCGCUGGCGUCCACGACGCUGCAGAACUCGCUGUCGGAGCGCUACAUGGACGUGGCCCGCAAGCUCACGCACACGUGCCACGAGAGCUACGACCGCACGGAGACCAAGCUGGGGCCCGAGGCCUUCCGAUUCUCCGGCGCAGUGGAGGCGAGAGCGAUGAAGAGCAACGAGAAGAUGUACCUGCUGCGGCCGGAGACCUUCGAGAGCUACUUCAUCAUGUGGCGUCUCACCAAGGACCAGAAGUACCGCGACUGGGGCUGGGAGGCGGUGCAGGCGCUGGAGAAGCACUGUCGCGUGGAGGGCGGCUACACCGGGCUCGUCAACGUGUACCACUCCGCGCCGCAGGGGGACGACGUGCAGCAGAGCUUCUUCCUCGCCGAGACGCUCAAGUACUUAUACCUGCUGUUCUCGGACGACUCGCUGCUGCACCUGGACGAGUGGGUGUUCAACACUGAAGCACAUCCCUUCCCCAUCAAGGGGAAGAACCCUCUGUACCGAUCGGCGAACAAACUCAUCGCUAACUCAGGAAACGAAGACAAUCAGGUUUAAAACGAACAUUCGAAAUAUAUCAAAAUUGUUACAAAAAUAACUUGAGAAAAGAUUGAUUGAGACUACAGUACGUUGUUUGUGUUCUUAAUUUAACUAAAGGUAAAUUUUAGUUACAAUUGAAUGUUGAACGGAAUAAAUUACAAUAAGCCACGAUUACUGACAUAUACAGUUAUCGAGUUGUGAUCCAGUGAUUUAUGUGUAUUCCAAACAAUGUGUGUUUCUAUCGAUACAGUAAUGUUAGGGGGGUUAUCUAUACAAAUAAUCCGUGAUAAAGAAAAAUUGUUCUAAUAAUUUCACCCAUGACUAUCGAAGUAACUGGCUCUUUCGAAUAGUUUGAAUUUUAUAUUAAUUUCUAAUUCCAGUAAUAUAUAGAUAACGAUUCUUACUUAAAAUAAAUAUC